ACAUCUAACAAUUAGCAGACCUCUUUUGAAUAACACAAAGUAUCAAAAAGUACCCAAAAAAUAAAAAGAAAUAAUAACACAAACUUAGCACCAAAAAAAUAAACUAUGUCCAAAAUGUUCAUACCACAUUUUCCUCUUACCCUCUUUUUCUGUUUCUGCCUAUUUUUCUCAUUUUCAUAUGCUCAUUACAAGGAACAUGAAACUCUCCAUUGUGAUUGUUCUUGUUGCUCUGCUCAUAACAAUAGUCAUGAAAAUAUCCCCACCAAGCCUGGUCAUUCUCCCCCGGCUCACAACAAGAGCCAAGAAAUUCCCACCAAGCCUGUUCAUUUUUCCCCGGCUCACAACAGCCAAGAAAUUCCCACCAAGCCUGGUCAUUCUUCCCAAGCUCACAAUAGCAGCAAAGACAUUCCCACCAAGCCUGGUCAUUCUUCCCCGGCUCAGAACAAUGGCCGAGAGAUUCCCACCAAGCCUCGUCAUUCUUCCCCUGCUCAUAACAACAGCCAAGAAAUUCCCACCAAGCCUGGCAAUUCUUCCCCUGCACAUAACAACAGCCAGGAAGUUCCCACCAAGCCGGGUAACUCUUCCCCUGUACAUGACAACAGCCAGGAAGUUCCCACCAAACAGGGUAAUUCUUUCCCUGCUCAUAACAGCAGUAAUGAAAUUCCCACCAAGCCUGGUAAUUCUUUGCCUGUUCAGAACGACAACCCAGAAGUUCCCGCCAAUCCUGGCAACUCUUCCCGUGCUAAUAACAGUAGCCACGGCACUUCAACCAGGCAUAAUAACUUUAUAGGAUGCUUCAACAAGGUGUAUGCUUUUGGAGACUCCUAUACUGAUGCAGGAAAUGCUAAUUUAGUGGGUGGAUUGAAUGAAAAUUUCGCUCACUCAUCGAGCACUUCAGAAAAAUCAAACAAUGGUUUAUGUGAUGGACAUUUGGUGGUAGAUUUUCUAUGUGAUGCUUUUAAGCUACCACAUUUGCCACCCUUUCAGAGUAGCUCCGCAAAUUUCACAAAUGGGGCCAAUUUUGCAAUAGCCGGAUCAACAAUUCUCCCCAAAGAGGAUUUUUCAACUAAGAAAAUUACUAACCUAUUCUGGAAAGGAAUACCCUUGACCUUUCAAACUCAGAUUGAUUGGUUCAAUACGUUGAAGCAACAGAUGGGACGUAAUAAUUGCAAGGCUGAAUUGGAGAAUGCACUCUUUUGGAUAGGCUCUGUUGGUGUUAGUGACUAUGCUCGUAUACAAGGGUCCUCUCUAUCCACACAUUGGCUCACACAGCAGUCCGUCCUUCAAGUUAGCAGACUAAUCGAGGCAGCGCUGGGAAGCGGAGCAAAGUAUAUCGUAGUUCAAGGCUUACCACCAAUAGGAUGCCUUCCACUACAUAUCUCAUUAUGUCCAGUGAAAGCUGCUCUUGAUCAUAUGGGAUGUGCAGCAGCUGUCAACACAGCAGUAAUGAUCCACAACCAGAUCCUGCAAAGGAGAUUGGAAAGAUUCCGUAAAUUGUAUCCUAAUUGUCAGAUUUUAUAUGCUGACUUCUGGAAUGCAUAUCUAACAAUUAAGAUGAACCAUAAAAAGUACCAAUUUGAGGAAGAUUUCAAACCUUGUUGUGGAGCUGCAGGAGGACCAUUGAACUUCAACCUGAAUUCGUUGUGUGGCUCACCUGGCACCGUUAAAUGUAAUGAUCCAAGCAAAUAUAUCAGCUGGGAUGGUAUCCAUCUUACAGAAGCGAUGAAUCGGAAAGUCACUGAUCUUUUCCUCAAUCAAGGCUUCUGUCAACCAUCUUUCAGCGAGCUGGUCAAAAGGAAGAGUGGCAUGUAGAUUGGACUCAAUGCAACCUAGUAAAUAAUACCGCUCCGGAAAGGCCAAUCAUGAGAGCGAGAUAAUAAUAGGAAUGUUUCUUCCCUCGUAAGAAUGAGAAACUUUAGAGUAGGCAGAUUACCUCUUCUAUCACUAAUAAAUAGAUAAACUUUGUGGAGUACAAUAAAUAUUUACGCCAAGCUGCACUGUUAGUGCACGUGUAUUUUCAUACAUGAGUUUAUAUAUGUAGUAAUUUAAUGAGAACUGGAAGGAUACUCUUCCUUUAUUGAGACUUUCAA